ACACAACUUAUCUACCGCUGUAGGAGACUUCACGGUGCACUGAUGCAACAAAAACAUGCAGGCAAGAAUAGAUAUUUUACUGUGAAGAAUUAUUGCAAAGUUAAUGGACUUCAUGACAUUCUUUCGGAUACAUUGAAAGUAGGCUACCUUUUCUUUUUACUUUUUUAACCAUUGUAGGGUGCAAUGAGUGAAUAACUUUCUACCGGGAUUAAUAACAGAGGAUUCUGGGAGAACAACAACAAUCAAAGGUUCUGAAGUCUGAACGCACCCUGGUCCUGACUUUUGACCUCUAGCCAUGUCUCAGAGUAACCCCUCCUUCCAGCUCCUCCAGGCUCUGAGGAAGUCUCCCGCCGUGUUCCGCCGCCGGUUCCACCUCCAGCCCAACCGCAUCGCUACCCUCUCCCACGGGGAUCCCCUCUACAAGGUGCUCUACCUGGGCACUGAGAAAAUCUACUCCCUGGAUCUGGAGCAGGCCCAGGGGGCCAUAGGCCUGCUGCUCCAGCAGUGGGCCCCGGAGGCCCCUGAGAAACGGUGCAAGGAGCACGCUCUGGUGUUGCGGCGGCGUUACAUAGAGGUGAAGGAGAUUGCCACGGGGAGACAGCUCGCUAAGACCUAUCUGAGAGACAUUGCGUUCUGCGCGGCCGACACCAAGCACCCCAAUGUGUUCCUGUACAUCUGUAAGCAGCAAGGCCAGCAACUGCAGUUACAGUGCAGGGUAUUCUGGUGCACCAGUGCUGAGAGAGCUAAGGACAUCACCGCUUGUCUGGCAAGGAGCUUUCAAACGGCUCUUAGUGAUUGGCAUGGGCAGGAUAGCGAGACCAAUCACAUGGAGGAAGGGGAGGGAUCAUCGGAGGUGGAUGGACUGUCAGUCAUCACGAGCCUUCAUCCUAAUACCUCCUCUGCUCUAUCAGGAGAUCUAAGGACAGGAGCCCAGAUUUACAUUUUGUGUGUGUGCUAACCAGCUGCACUGUGUGUCUGUCAUGAGAGACUGCUGCCAAACCGAUUCUUAUGAUGGACUUGAAUAAAGCUAAGGGUGUGACUCAAAAGCCCCACAUGCCACAGAGCACCCCUUUAUCACCACCAACAGGAUCAUUGUGUUUACGCCUGAGCACUAUUUUGGCUUGGUGUGAUUUUUUCAAAUUUAACUAGGCAAGUCAGUUAAGAACAAAUUCUUAUUUACAAUGCUGGCCUACCCCGGCCAAACCUGGACGAAGCGGGGCUAAUUGUGCGCCGCCCUAUGGGACUCCCAAUCACGGCCGGAUGUGACACAGCCUGGAUGAACUGGACUCCCUCUACUCAGUAGUGUUAUGUUUCCCUCUGGUAGUAAUUUAACAUCAUCAUAUGAUAAACAUGAAGACACCUAGACAGGGACAGGAGCACACUAGUUAUUUAUUUAUUUUCAGCCUAUUGAGGUAACUUGUCUGUAACUAGGUUUCCAUCCAAUUGGUGACAGAUUUGCAUGCAAAUAUUUUACAAUCAGUAUAAAAACAGCAUAUUUUCCCAACAGUGAUGUGUUUCCAUCAAAUAACGUAGUGCACAUAAAUACUUUUUCUGUAAAAUUCCUGUGUACCGAAUAAAAAUACAAGUUAAAUGGG